CUCACGCAGAGCCCUCGCUUACACAGUAUGGCCGGCGACAUUAGCUAGCGCUCGCUCAACUCUCUCUAACGGGAAAGCAGCGGACUACAAGAGACUGAACUGUAUCUGCCUCUAUUUCCAACAGACUCACGUUCAACUUUCGCUCAGAAAAAUAGCCGGGAAAAUUUUAUUAGUCCUUUUUUUAAAAAAAAGUUAAUAUAAAAUCAUAGCAAAAAAAAAAAAAUCUGAGUGGGAUGUCCUUUUGAAGGAUGUGCAGUGCUCAAUCAUCAGUGUGACGAAGACUGACAAGCAGGAAGCUUAUGUACUCAGUGAGAGUAGCAUGUUUGUCUCCAAGAGACGUUUCAUUUUGAAGACAUGUGGUACCACCCUCUUACUGAAAGCACUGGUUCCCCUCUUGAAGCUUGCUAGGGAUUACAGUGGGUUUGACUCGAUUCAAAGCUUCUUUUAUUCUCGUAAGAAUUUCAUGAAGCCUUCUCACCAAGGGUACCCACACCGGAAUUUCCAGGAAGAAAUUGAGUUUCUUAAUGCAAUUUUCCCAAAUGGAGCAGCAUAUUGUAUGGGACGUAUGAAUUCUGACUGUUGGUACUUGUAUACUUUGGAUUUCCCAGAGAGCCGAGUAAUCAAUCAGCCAGAUCAAACCCUGGAAAUUCUGAUGAGUGAGCUUGACCCAGCAGUUAUGGACCAGUUCUACAUGAAAGAUGGUGUUACUGCAAAGGAUGUCACUCGUGAGAGUGGAAUUCGUGACCUGAUACCAGGUUCUGUCAUUGAUGCCACAUUGUUCAAUCCCUGUGGCUACUCGAUGAAUGGAAUGAAAUCGGAUGGAACAUAUUGGACUAUUCACAUCACUCCAGAACCAGAAUUCUCUUAUGUUAGCUUUGAAACAAACCUCAGUCAGACCUCCUAUGAUGACCUGAUCAGGAAGGUUGUGGAAGUCUUCAAGCCAGGAAAAUUUGUGACCACCUUGUUUGUUAAUCAGAGUUCUAAAUGUCGCACAGUGCUUUCUUCACCCCAGAAGAUUGAAGGUUUUAAACGUCUUGAUUGCCAGAGUGCUAUGUUCAAUGAUUACAAUUUUGUUUUUACCAGUUUUGCUAAGAAGCAGCAGCAACAGCAGAGUUGAUUAAGAAAAAUGAAGAAGAAAAAACGCAAAAAGAGAAGACACACAGGAGGUGGUAGCUGCUUUCUAGAUGUUGAUACUGGGGGCCGGGUUCUCCAUGACCACCACCUUGUAGUUGCAGAAAGCCCUAGGUGUAAUGAUAGUGUAAUCAUUUUGAAGUGUAUGCAUUAUUAUAUCAAGGAGUUAGAUAUCUUGCAUGAAUGCUCUCUUCUGUGUUUAGGUGUUCUAUGCCACUCUUGCUGUGGAAUUGAAGUGCAUGUAGAAAAGAACUUUGACUGUAUGAAUCUCUACGACACUUGUGAAAAUGAUUCAAUUUGGUUUAUGCACAGUGUAAUAUUUCUGCAGGCAUCGUCCAAAAUCCCCCCCCCCCCACAGACAAGGCUUUCGUCCUCAUUAGAUGCUGGCCUCAGCUGACCAUCUGCGACUGUUCUAAUAAAUUGCUGCCAGAGUUUUUACAUACAGUUACCUCCACUUUCUAGAGCAUAUUCUCUACUAAUGUUAUUAGUAGAGAAACCAAAUUUUUACUUCAUACAGGUGUUUUAUGCAAUGGCAAUUAAAGUUUUUCUUCCACAAGUUGAGUCCUUGUUAAAAAAUGCUGAUUCCAGUUACUGUUUUGUGUUCUGCCAUUUUAAUGAUUGUUCCUGCAUUUAUAGUCCUAUGAUUGAUUUCAUCUCUCACCAUGGCGUCUUUCCCUCUUCCCUCAACUCACUCAACCCUCCCAUUAAAGCAAUACAUUGUUACAUUGGGCUUAUAAUAAUCUUGUAUGCUAGGUGGAGGGACUUUGGAGAUGGUCCGUGGUUUAAUUUUUUUUAAGACAUAAGAAUGUGGCCUCCUUAUUGGCAUGAACUGUGGAAGAUAAAUGACAAAACUGAAUGUAGCAAAUGAAAAUAAUUCAGUCUCCAGGACUGGUUAGCAGGGAGAACCCAUUUAAAAAAAAAAUUCAUGGAAACAGGCUAUGUAGUGCAAUUUAGCUUUAAUGGAGUGCCUGCCAUGCUUUUACUAGUUUAUUCAGUGGUGACAGGAGGAAAUCCACUAAGUCAAAGCAGAUAUUUAAUCCUGGACCUUCUGAUCUCAGUACAUGCAGUCAACUUAACCUAUUGCCACCAAUUUUCUCUAAAGUAAAGUGUGAUUCAAAGGAGAAUCUGUGGCGUUUCCAUCUGUGUUGUGUACUUUUUGUGAUGCAUGUGAGCUGUUCUGACUUCACCUGUUCCUGUGGUAUUCACAUGAUCAGAUCAAAUGAAUGAAUGCCUGGAGUGAGGACUCUGCAGGAUGCUCAGCCCCACAGUAAAUGUAUGAGCACACAAAACAACACAGACCUCUGAAAUAGUUAAUGGGAUUAGAAAUAUACAGGGAUGGCAUGUUAGUGGCAUUUGCAAAUAUUGUGGGAUCUAAACAGCUGGGAGAAGAGCAAAAUGGACUAAAAUUCCUAUUUAUUUCCCUCUUUUUUUUUUUUGGUAGUUUCUGGACUGAUGCAGUGAUGUUUUGUUCCUUCCAUAUUUAUAAUGAAACACAUUUUUAGCGUUUCUAAACAUAGAAUCUACUUGGUUUGGAAUCAAGUGGUUGGAACACUGUCUGGAUUUUUACUUUAAGCAUUGCUGUUUAUUGAAUGCUUCAUUGGGGAAGCCUCCAGUCAGCUUUAUCAGUUUGAUUCUGUGAUAUGCACAGCACCUGAUGUUUUGAACUGCUAUUUGGAGGACCAGUGCUUAUUUAAGCUGGAUUUUGUGACCCAGUAGAUUUUGUUGGAGGUCUGAUUACCCCAUUUGAUAGAAUUAUGGAUUCUAAUGAUGAAAUUUGCAUAGGUUUCUGUGGAAUAAAAAGCCUAGAAAAGAACCUGUAGAUUGAAUAGUGAUGCUGGUGUGAUUACAGAAGGGGAAGUUUUGGUGCCAUUAUUUCUUUGGUGUUGGACUUUUAAUCAGUUGAAAUGUAUUUCUGUACCACAAUGUAAGUUUCAAUAAAAGUUUGCUUCAUUGUCUAGUAA